UAAUUUAAAUUAAAUGAUUUUUAAUCCAGUUAAAAUAUAGCUCCACUGUUAAAAUAAAGGGUAACGGUCACCCCUGCAUUAACGUGGUGAGUGGGGUAUCCGCAAAUAAUGUACUGUACCGCUAUGGUACCACCAUUGGAACCACGUGUUGUAUGAACAGAACCGUCCAGAAACUGAUGACGUCAUGAUUCAAUAUUCUCGAUCGAACCCUUGCAUGCUCAGUGCUUUGUGUUUAAAUUGUGUAUGCUUAGUAUUUAAGCCUACUUUUUCAAUAUAUUAAUACCAGUAAUGUCUGUAAAACAGAAUCAGUUAGUUCAGGACGUUGAGGAGGUGCAACAUCUUCUGUCGUUAGCAACAAGAGAAAGAGUUAAAAAUUUACUUACAACAGAACAACGUCGAUUAGAAACAGAGAUCUCUAAACUGAAAGAUGUAGAAACUGAGAACAGCACUGGAAUCAAUGUGGCAACUAAAGCACCCACACCAAAGCAGUUUACAGCAAACAGAAUCACUAAUUAUGGAUGGGACCAGUCAGACAAGUCAGUAAAGGUGUAUGUCUCAUUGAAAGGAGUUCAUACAGUUCCAGCCGAAAAUGUAACAGUAAAACACACCAACAGUUCAUUCAACCUGAUAGUACAGAACCUUGAAGGCACCAAUCAUCAGCUGCUUAUUGGCAAUCUUCUUCAUGAAAUUGAUGGGGAAAACUCAUCACACAAGGUGAAGACAGACAAUCUAGUUUUGUUUUUGAGGAAAGCAGAAAAGAAGACAUGGAAAUAUUUGACAGUAGCUGAACAAAAAUCCAAAGUAGAGAAAGAUCUUAAGAGUGCGCCACCAAAAAUGGAUGAAGAUAAAGACCCUUCAGCAGGUAUUAUGGACAUGAUGAGGAAAAUGUAUGAGGAAGGGGAUGACGAAAUGAAACGAACAAUUGCUAAGGCGUGGACCGAGUCGCGUGAUAAAAAAGACAUACUGUAAUGACGAGGGUGCUGUCGGGAAUAUUGCAACAGAACAAUUUAAGACACUGGGGCGGAGGGAAAUGUUUUUUGAAUGACGUGUCAGCAGAAUUUUUAUAUCACUAUUACAACUUGGUGGAAAAAUCAUGAUGGCUUGGGUGGCGUUGAUCAGUAAUGAAGGGGUUUUCCUUCGUGUUGUGACAUAGUACUCUAUUUGAUAUCUGGCGUUACAUUUCAUUAUCUUCCUUGAGUGAGAAUUGACGAAUGUACAGAUUAUGCAGUUCAGUCUAUUAAAUCUUCAUUUUACCCAAUAAGUGUUUUUUUUUUUUUUUUCAUAUUUUCAUAAGACCUGAAAGACCAUGAAAUGUAGUCCUAUAGUAUUUCUAUUAGCUGAUUUAGACUUUUACAAUUUUCUUUAGUCAGCAAGGAAAUGGUAAACUCAAAAUCAUCUAGAAUUUCUAUUAGCUGAUUAUUGGCUUUAUCAUUUCCUUGCUGGCUAAAGAAAAUACAGUUACAAUUAAUUGCAUAUGGAUUUUACAGCUGUUUGGUCAUUUCUUCUCACCAUAGUUUUUAAUUUUAGUUCUAUGCAAACAGUAUAAAUGAAUUUAGGUUCAAUUCUUUGGUUUCUCUUUGGAAUGUAAUUCUAUUCUCUCAAAAAAGAACUACCGUGACCUAGGGGCAUUCUUCAUACAGGUUAUUACUGAACAUGAAAAUCUACUAUUACCUGUCAUCUACUAUUACCUUUCUAUUAACUGACUGAUAAAUAAUUGGAAUAUGUACACUUUUGCGUACACAUAAAAGUUAUUCCUAUUAAACAUGCUCUGUAUGUAAAGAAUGCCUGUUCAAUUUAUGUGUCGGGUGCAUGCCAAAGCUACAUUUAUACUAGACACGAUUAUGACAAUGACACAAUACAGAUAUUCGCAGUGUUGAAGAAUACAAGCUGCGUGAUGAUGUCGUCUUGUCGUUAUCGUGUCUAGUGUAAAUCUAGCUUUACUCAUGCUAGUUCAAUUGCAUAUUUUGUUCCAUUGUGGGCUUGCAAAAUCAUGGAGAGUUGAACCUCUUUCCAUUAUAUAUAAUAUACGCUGUUCUUUACACCAAUGGCGUAUCUAGAAGUCUUGAAAUGCUGAUAGGGAAGCGCGAAGGUGAAGUGGGGGCUCGAUGAUCAUUUGAGGGGCGCUAACUCACAAAUUAAGGUGAUUUUUAACUACUUGCAAUUUUGAGGGAGUGACUGGGGGGACGUGAUCUCCCCCCCCCCCCCAAAAGAUACGCCACUGCUUUACACAAUUUUUUUUUUCUGGAAGCAUGUAAGAGGCUUUAAGCAGUAUGCAAUUUACAAAAGGAAAUAAUUUAACUACCAGGCAAAAAUAUAAUGUUCAUAAUAAUUCAUACCAAGAUUGGUAUUAAAAUUGACAAUAAAUGCCAAUUUUGCAUCAGCAGUUAUAGAAGAGUUGUCCUUCAUUUACAAAAUACCUAUUGCAUAGAAAAGUAUUAAUCCAAGAAGAUUUAUACUAUCAGAAUACUUCUAUGUAGAUUCCUUUCCAUUUACAUUCUGUCGAAGGCUAACAUACAGAAUGAACAUAAUGGUCCUGUUGCUUUGAUUUUUUUUUUUUUCGUAUCAUGCCAUAUUACCAUUAUUUGUACACAUUUUGUAGCAUGUUUUUUAAGACUCCCUUAUUCAUAUACGCUUUAUUGGUCCAUGGACAUUAAAUUACAAAAUGGAA